AUGGGAAAAGUAGUCGACGAAUGGGGAAAUGGAAAUCAAAUCGAUGAACCUCUAAAUAAUAUUGGGGGAACAUCAAUCAGGCCAGGACACGUAUGUACAAAUACAUCCAAUGCUCGGCGUUGCGCAAUGCCAAUCAAUGGCUUACUUCUUUCCACAUCCGCGGUGGAGGUUGUAUCCAUCAAAAGUCUACGCAUGGACAUCAAACUCAAAGUCUUGUUUGUUCGCGGCUACGACGGCUCCGGCUGUUCGCACCGUGAUCACCAAGAGAACGUUAAUCUAUUUUUACUUGUAUUACAUACGUACCACAACCACAAGUCACUCCCGAAAAAUAAGAACGCGACUCCAACUUCCCCUAUUGCUCUUGAAGUCCGCAACAUCAAACUUUAUGCUGUGUAUAUUAUUGAACUUUCUGUUUCUCCCGGGAAGUUCUACAGUUUUAAGUACUUGCACGAACGCAAGAAAAAGAAUAUAGUCCUGAGCUCCCACGUCCACGAUCUCCACCCAAUGUAUGCCUCGCCAUUUUACCACUUUUCGCAUUCCUCAGCACAGCUGCCUCCGUGGGACUGGGAGCAUAAAUUGCAACUCGUAUACAAUUCUUGCCUUGUGUUCCGCUUCAGCUGCAGCUGAACACAGAAGAUCACGAGCUGCAGGAGCAAAAAUUCCUGUGUAAAUUGAUUUCUGCGUUGUCGCUCACUUUGGCACUGCGCUUGCUUACGCUGGUAAGUCUGGCAGUCAAACAGAAGCGCACACGCAGCAGAAGCCGUCCCGGCUCUUACAAGGAGCGGGUGCUCCCGUUCCUUCGGACAGGCACUACCGAUACUAUUCCUUAGUGGUGAGGUUAGGUUUCAUCUAGUAGCUUCUAGCCAGGUUGCCGGCGAUCCAGAACCAUAGGAAGAUAGCGAUCUGCCACCCACCAAUCGCGAACAACGUGAACAAGAUCUCUUGAUCUUGAAUUCAGUUUGUUUGAGCGGUUACAUCCGCAGCAGAAAAGCUACUGAGCAAGUUUCUGCAGUUGUAACGGAAGCGCUAGCGCAAGCUAGCUAUAGGUAGCUAGCACAAAGAAGUCUUUCCAGUUGAUAUAGAAGAAGAUGUACAAGCACAGCUGCAGGAGAGAGCCGUGCCGCAAGAACUUAAUACUGAUGCCGAAACUAGUUUGUAGUCUCUUCUGCUCGAGAAAAAUUUACAUGAUCAUUGCCACAGACGGCAGUAGACGCCCACACAAUAAAGCUGCGUAUCCCACUGACUGCAUGUCCCAGUCGUCAGUGACAAGGAGAUACAUGCCCACUGCCGGCGCUUCAAUGCCUGUUAUUUUUCCUUGAGCAGGUAGAGUCUCUGAUAAUCGUCCGCAGAAUCAUUGAAGUCAACAGAUUCUCAUCUUAAUGUUUUAUGAUAAUUUCUGGCACUUUCUUACUUAUUCUUAUCUCUGUAAACAAGUGUAAGAUGUAGUUAUGAAUUUCAAAAUACCGAGAACAAAGCAAUGAGCAUUCGUCUUCGGGUUCGGUGUGGCAGGUUGCAUAACCAUACCGCUCCUGUGAGGAAGUUCAUAAAGUACUAGUAACUUCUGCUGUCAGAAAAAACUCGAAAGGUACGAAAAUGUACGUAAAUCUAAACGUGACGAGAAUACAAAAGGUGCUUUCUUGAGCACGAAAACGGCGGCGAAAAAAAGCGAUAGCGAUCUGAUACGAACCACCUACUCGACGUGAAAUGAAGAAAAAUAAAGAUCGCUCGUAAAGUGCGCCUUUAUUGGGACGAACAUCGUAGGUAGAAGAUUGAGAUCGCGAACAUCAAAUAAAGACAGCGAUGCAAAAGUCAACAAAAAUGAAAACGAGACUCAACAUAUCGAAAGAUAUGAUUGAUGCGACCGCGAGCACAACCGGUGGAGGUGUAGUGUUGCUCUGGCACCUAGCCCAAUCUACUCACUAGGGAGGGUUAGGUGUCGAGUUACAUUUUCCGCUGGUGAGCAUUCAUUUUGUUGGAAAAACCAAAAGCGACUUUUGCUACAAUUUCAAUUUGAAAUAUACGCGAAUCAACAUCGACAGAAAAAAAAUGAAAAAAUAUAUGGGUACUCCAAUGCAAGGAGCACUUUCGUGCUACAGUUGCACUUCCUCG